GAAUGGAUAAAGCGGAGCGAGCGGAGGAGACGGAGCCGCAGUGAGUGAAUGACGGAGAGACGCGUUACCGGGUUUUGUCCCCGUGUUUACAAAACGGUGGAUGAGAAAGUGACUCGGGUGAACUUCUGUGACUCAUUUUGACAUUUUUUAAGCUCCGCGGGUUGAAACUGCCGGAGGAAAGCGAGAACUCGGGGGCUCCGCGAGCGCUACACAGACGAGAGAACGAGAGCACAACAUAACAGACGACGAUAGACGAGUGGAUAAGUGAGGACAGAAGGGCAGAAGAGGAGUAAAAAGAGGAGAGGAAAGAGAACUUCGCACUUUUCCUUCCUGCGGAGGACUUUCCUCAAGUUACGGCCGCGGAGUGGAGCUCCGGACUGAGGUAGCCUAGCCCGCUGGUAACGGCUGAAAAUCGCUGUUUUACAGCGACGUUUAGUCCAGAAAGGCUCCGGGACUUGCUCGAGUUCUCUCCGCGAGCUAGAACGGAGUAGAACACCCCCCCCUGUUUCUCCUCGACCUCCUCCUCUCUUUCCCGGCGCCAUGGUAUGAGGAGCCCCGCGAUGGCCGCGUGAGAGGAAGCGGCGCGAGCCCCCUCGAGAGAGAGAGAGUCGCGAUGGCGCGCGGCCCCGUCGCCGCCGUCUGCGUGCUCGUAUGCCUGGGCGCGUGCGCGGUGGCGGUGGUGGAGUGCGCGGCGCGUCGCCUCGUCUGCUGGGAGGCGAUCUUGAACUGCCAGGCGGAGCCCGAGUGCCACUACGCGUACGGCCAGUACAUGCACGCAUGUGAGCCCGUGCUGGACGGGCGCCGCACGACGUGCCCGAGCCACUGCAUCGCGUCGCUCGUGCAGCUGAACCUGACGCGCGGCGGGCCCGCGCUCGAGGAGUGCAGCUGCUCCUCGGACCCCCUGUGCCGUGAGGCCAAGCGCGCCAUCGAGCCGUGCAUGCCGCGCACGAGCAGCCUCGGCUGCACGGAGGCGCGGCGGCAGUGCGAGCGCGACCUCCACUGCCGCUCCGCCAUGUCCAACUACCUGCUGCACUGCAGCAAGCUCUUCAGUGGCACCGUGUGCACGAGCGCGUGCCGCGAGGUGAUCGCGGAUAUGCGGCGCAUGCCCAAGGCGCAGCUGCUGGACACGUGCGUCUGCGACGGUACCGAGCGGACCAUAUGCGAGUACGUCAAGCUCAAAAUGAGGAACCUGUGCUACGGCGAGCCGCCCGUGGACGACCCUGACGACGAGGGUUCUGGGUUUACGGAUGAUUACGGUGACGAUGAAGGGGACUACCCGGACCGCCCGAAUAACGGAGGACGCAGGUCAGGCGCCUCGGCCUUGUGGUCGUCCGUGGAGCUAGUGGCGCUGGCAGAGUCUGUCUUGGUGCUGGUGCGGCUUUUAAGCUAAAACUUGAACUGUUCUGUGGGAACUGUCAGAUUCCCUGCGAGCUGCAUUGUGGCCAGUGAAAAUGACUGUGAUCACUGAAAAGCAACUGGUCAGACACCCCACAAGCUGCAGUAGAAUCAGGGAAAGUGACUACUCAGUCCGGUGAGUGAAAACAGCAGGUCAACUGGUCUGUAAAAGAGACUGGUCAGAUUGGUGAAUGACCGCCAGUCGGUGUCGGUAUGGCAGUCAGGGAAAGUGACUGGUCAGUGAAAAUGGCUGGUGAGACUUCUCACAAGCUACAGUGGAGGCAGUGAAAGCAACUGGUCAGUUAAAACGCCCGGUCAGGGAACAUUGGAGGUGCUUGGUGACUCUGGACCCGACUGUCUCCAAAGAGAACGUGUCCACCUUUGCAUGACACUUUGCUUGAGUUUUGUUCACGUCUCGAGGUUGGUCACGUUGCACCUUCUCUAUGCAAGUGUGCCAUUGAGUGACCCUUCAGCCCUCAGUGACCCUUCAGCACCUGCACAGCUUUCCAUAUUUAUUCUUCACAACUGAACUCUGUACAUGUGAGUAACAGUUGGUUCAAAAUGAAAUGCUAGAUCAAACUCAUUCUAACACUUCUGCCUUAAAAAGAAAAGAAAAACAGCAUUGCCAGUAUUUCAAGUGCUCUUCUCACAUUGUCAAACAGGACACAGCCAAGUUGCCUUUAAAAAAGAGAAAGAUACGAUGUUGUUUUGUUACUUAGAGAUGUAACCGUGCAAGGGUUUAAUCAGAAAGCGGUGCACUGCCAAUAUGAAACUAGAUAUGUACAACUAUUUUUCUAUCUAAAGAUGCCUUUGACCUUGUGUGAAUGAAUGAAUAACAUCUUUAAAAUAUGGCUUGAAUGAAUUUAAAGUAGGCUAGUACUGAGUUCUGAAGCACUCAAUUGUGAAAGUAUUGAAUAUAAGCAUUUUCAUGAAAAAUACCAUAAAAUGUCUAUGAAAACAAAGGGUGACGAUUCCAGCUUUAAAGGGAGGUUAUUAGAUCUUUUUUGUUGUAAUUGAUUUUCCUUUCUAAAAUGCUGUACAGUGUAAAUAGAUUUGCAGAGAAUCUUUUUAUUGUGUUCUCAAAGAUGAAUUAUUGACUGUGUAGAAAUGUCUAAAUCCACUGUAUGACUGCCUCGGUGAUGUACUUUUUAUAGAAGGCAUAAAAAAUGAAAGUACAAAGAC